AUGUCAAGAACUACAGGCAGUAUGUAUGAUUCAAGCGAGUCUCCCAUUGCCAAGAUCAACUACACCUGGAAACUGGAUGCACUCAAUCGCAUGAUUCGUCUCAUCAUCUCCAUUGAGACCGACUACCCCAUUCACUCCGUCACCAUGUCUGAGGAAGAUGACGACGUUCCGGACCUCGACCAGAUGCAACGCAAGGAGCGCGAGUGCUCUGCCGAGCAUAUCGGUGAUCAGUCCGAAGACGGUGAAGCCUCUGUCUGA